CCGGACACCAGUUCCUCUUCCCUCUGAGCGAGUCUCAGGUUGCACAGCCCAAAGACCGCCUGGGACUACGGUGGUCCGUGGAGUGUGCCCAGCGGCGGUUCUGGCUUCCAUUCAAGUGACCCGGGCGCUGCCCCUGGGCACUGGAGUCUUUCAGCACUGCCGAGGCAAAGGGUGCUGGUGAGACCUGAAAGGUGCUUGAAUGGGGGACGCCCUGGCAUGGGUGUUAUUGUUGCCGCUGCUGCUACAGAAUCCAGGCAGCCAGGGAUUGUCCUGCAAUGUGUCCUUAGAGGCUGACUGGACCAAAGAGUUCCCGGACACAUGCCUGAACUUCAGUGGCGGAGGACUGAGCCUGCCCCUGAACCAGUCUCUGCAGGCCAGAAACUUGAAGCUCCUGGACCUGUCUGGGAAUGGCCUUCAAAAACUCCCGUGGUCCUUCUUCAAAGAGCUGAAUGAGCUGAAGUUCCUGAAUGUGACAAACAACCCACUGGAAGACGUGGACCGUGAGCUGGCCACAUACUGUGACCUUAAACUGCAGGCCGACUGCAGGUGUGACCUAAAAUCCUGGUACAAGGACAGGCAAGACAACUGCUCUGACUACCUGGAGUGCCUGGACAGGAUAGGCAACACCUGGCACAAUUUCUCCACUUUCCAUUGCCCCUCUGGCCUGAGUGGGAUGGCCAUUGGGUCACUGGCGGCCAGUGGAAGCCUGCUCCUUGUGCUUGCCAUUGCUGGCCCGGUGUUAGUCUGGAGACUUCGGAGGCGCCGGGCAUCUAGUAAUCCAGUCCAGGGCAAAUCAUGGACUGCUCAGGAUGGUCACAAGCCUGGCUUGAAUCGGCAGCCUCGGUAUAGUAACCGGGCAAUUAGUCCGAAGCCUCCAGCUGCCACUCUGCCCAGCCCCUCCUCGCCUGACUAUGAGAAUAUGUUCCAGGGUGAGCCAACUGCCAGGCACCAACCAUGGGCUGGACACAGGCCCCACACUUCAGAGGACAGUGACUUCUACAUGAACUACGAGGGUGGCGAGCAGGACGCCCAGCCAGUCUAUUGCAAUGUGCAAGCUCUGGCUCAGGCCCCACGGGGCCGGACUCGGCUGGACCUGUCCUCCCUGGAUGAAGAGGAGUACGUGAUGCCUGGGCAGUGAGUCUGCUGCCUUCCGGGUGGUCUGGGGCAGACCGACUCUUCCUUGGCCUCAUCGCCCCAUCUGAGGAAUGGUGCAAUCAAGGGCCGCCUUUGAGGCCCCAGGGAGACCCCUCCUCAGUUCCCUGGCUGUGAGAAGGGGAGCAGGAAAGGCCCUAAAACAAGGACAGGAGGGUUGAUGUGGGGACCCUGUCAUCAACCUCCUGGUUGUGUGCAAAUGGCUCUCAGUAAAUAAAAGCAAGGGGCUGCUGGGCUGCUGGCUCUAGGAGAGACUCCUGAGCUCCCGAGACCAGCACUCUGAGACACCCAAAUUUGCUCCCCACUCUUGUCCUCCCAUCUGUUCCUCACAGGGUCCCCCUAGACCCUUAUUAUCUAGGCUCAGCCCCUAGGGCAGCCCAUGACAGCCCUGGAAGACUUUAUAAUUCAUUAAUCCGUAUCUCUUCCCUGCUCACAUGGCUCCCCAUUGCUCCCAGAGCCUCAGCCCUCAAGGUCCAGCCUUGCUACUCAUGACCUCUUCCAUCCAUCUGCCCUUCUGAUCUGAGCCUCUUGCCCGCUUGCCAUGCUUUACUAAAGUUUUCAUUGUCUGCCUUUGCCCAUGCCAUUCUCAGGAAGCAUGGGUGACAGUCCUAACUUCAGCAAUAACUGGGCCUCAGUUACCCCAUCUACUAAAUAGGAUGAUUAGAAUUGGUCUUUAAGGCUAUUUAAAAGAAUUAAAAAAAAAUUUUUGCAGAGCCUCCCUGGUGGCGCAAGGGGUUAAGCACCACAAUGUGAAGCGAGCCACAGACUCUGCAGCACAAGUUUGAUCCCCGGCUGACCAGGGAGCUAACCACAUGGUGCAGCAGACCUCUACUAUCUCGUCCGCUGCUCCCCUCAGCAGUGUACUUCGGUCAGUCUGCUUGUUCUGCUCCCCACUCUGUCUCUGGUGAAUCCUCUCACCCCAUCUCCCCCCAACAACUCUGGCCUGUA